GGCCCCGGGCCGGAGCUGCGCUGAUGAUGGACGUCCCGGGGGCCGGCAGCGGGCGCGAGGCCGCGUGGAAGACGAUGCCCCCCGAGGAACUGGAGAACCAGUACUCGCCCAGCAGAUGGGUCGUCCGCCAGGGACCACAGGAGGCCUUGAGGACCUACGCACAGACAGGACUCCAGGCCACCACGAGGGCCCGGGCCACCAGGAGGUGCCAGCUGCAUGUCCCUUACGGAGAUGGCGACGGGGAGAAGAUGGACAUCUACUUUCCUGACGAGCAGUCUGAAGCCUUGCCCUUCUUCCUGUUCUUCCAUGGCGGGUACUGGCAGAGCGGCAGUAAAGAUGAGUCGGCCUUCAUGGCUAGCGUGCUGACAGCAAAGGGAGUGGCCGUGGCGAUAGUGGCUUAUGACAUUGCUCCCAAAGGAAACCUGGACCAGAUGGUCGGCCAAGUGGCCCGCAGUGUCGUGUUUGUCCAGAAGCGGUAUCCUUGCAACCAGGGCCUUUACCUGUGUGGACACUCUGCUGGGGCCCAUCUGGCCGCCAUGAUGCUCCUGACCGACUGGGCCCAGCUCGGAGCGGCGCCCAACCUCAGAGGCUUUUUCCUCCUGAGUGGGGUCUACGACCUGGAGCCCCUUGUGCACACCUCACAGAAUGCCCCUCUCCUCAUGACCCCGGAAGAUGCGCAGAGGAACAGCCCACAGCGGCAGCUGGAGGCGGCCCGGGCACAGCCUGCAGACCCAGCCUGCCCCGUGCUGGUGAUCGUGGGCCAGCAUGACUCUGCCGAAUUCCACCGGCAGUCCAGGGAGUUUUAUCAGGCGCUGUGCCGGGGAGGGUGGACGGCCUCGCUGGAGGAGCUCCAUGACGUGGACCACUUUGAAAUCGUGGAGAAUCUGACCCAGGAGGAGGACGCGCUCACCCAGAUUAUUUUGAAGACAAUAUUCCGGAAGUUCUGACGACACUGACCCCGGCCCACGUGCACCCUGACCGCUGAAGCCCUCCCCGGGGCCCCCAUGGCCUGGGCUCGUGUGCCUGCCCCGCGAGGGCCACUCUUGUCCCCGCUGUGGACCCUGGCGAAUCUCUCGCUCUCCCUUUCCCCAGCCUGGACGGGGCUCCAGGGAAGGUCAGCUGGGGUCAGUGCUGUGAGGGGCCCAGAGCUGCCUCUGGGCUGGGCCUGGCCUCGCUACUUACUGAUGGGACAGGCAAGGCUCCCCCCACCCCGCCCCGGCCCCGGCCACUUUGGCGUGCCCGCUGAAAGUCACGAGUUCAGUGGGGUCCCUUGGGUCAGAGCCCAGGAGAACAGAACCAGGAGGUCAUGAGGGAGCCUCGUGCACACGUGCCUACCGUGAGAACAGCACAGACAUGUUGGAGAGUUUCUAAAAAUUUAAAUUAAGCGCUGUGGCACAAAAGGGUAAACUCGACUUGCAAGGCUUGCCCCAUAUCAGUGCUGGUUCAAGGCCCGGGGCUGGGCUCUGAUCCGGCUCCCUGCUGACGCGCCUGGGAAAGCAGCAGACGAUGGCCCAAGUGCUUUGGCCACUGGCACUCGUGUGGGAGACCCGGAUGAAGCUCCUGGCUCCUGGCCUCGGCCUGACCCAGCCCCAGCUGUCGCAAUCAUUUGGAGAGUGAACCAGCAGAUGGAAGAUCUCUCUCUCUCCCUGCCAUUAAAAAACUAAAUCUUUUCAAAGUAAAAAUUUAAUAAAAAAUAGAAUAAGGGGCUGUGCCAAGGAACACGUGAGGAUGGCAGUGACGCUGACGAGCUGUGUGCUCGGGGACACCUGCCGGCCAUGCGGUCUCCACCACCGACCAGAUGCCAGCACCCGCCACAGCCCUGGCUCCAGCAGGCCACGGCUGUGAACCCCACCCACCGCCUGCUGGCGCCCGUGGGGUCCACCCUCGCCCGAGGUCCCAGCGGCUGCCCCGGCCACCCUGAGUAGACGGCCCGAGGAGAGUCGGUCAGUCUGCCGUUGCUUGUAGCUGAGACCACAUCACAUUUUUAUUUGAAGUUUUUAAUUUAACAGUUAACCCACAGGGUAAAGCUGCAAGCAAUUCUAACCUUAUUUAAUACAGUGUUUCACACUGAUAUAAACUAUAAUUGAGUUUUAAUAAAAUUCUGAUGGGCCGAGGUUGAUGACUCUAAACAUGUUUCCCAAUACUGAGGAUCCUGGUUAUGUAAGAGUUGGGGGCCGCGUGUCAUCUUAACCUUCAACUUAUAAAUGGUCUAAAAACCCAUGUCCAGGCCGGCGCCACGGUUCAAUAGGCUAAUCCUCUGCUUUGCGGCGCCGGCACACCGGGUUCUAGUCCCGGUUGGGGCGCCGGAUUCUGUCCCGGUUGCCCCUCUUCCAGUCCAGCUCUCUGCUAUGGCCCGGGAGUGCAGUGGAAGAUGGCCCAAGUGCUUGGGCCCUGCACCUGCAUGGGAGACCAGGGGGAAGCACCUGGCUUCUGGCUUCGGAUCAGCGCGGUGGGCCGCCUGCAGCAUGCCAGCCGUGGUGGCCACUGGAGGGUGAACCAACGGCAAAGGAAGACCUUUCUCUCUGUCUCUCUGUCCACUCUGCCUGUCAAAAAAAAAAAAAAAAAUGUCCAAGGGGCUGGCGCCGUGGCUCACUUGGUUAAUCCUCUGCCUGCGGUGCCGGCAUCCCAUAUGGGCACCAGGUUCUAGUCCCGGUUGUCCCUCUUCCAGUCCAGCUCUCUGCUGUGGCCCAGGAGUGCAGUGGAGGAUGGCCCAAGUGCUUGGGCCCUGUACCUGCAUGGGAGACCAGGAGGAAGCACCUGGCUCCUGGCUUCAGAUUGGCACAGCACUGGCCAUUUUGGGGGGUGAACCAAUGGAAGGAAGACCUUUCUGUCUCUCUCUGUCUAUAACUGUCAAAUAAAAAGAGAAUCAUUAAAAACCCAUGUCCA